AUGGUACGAUAUAGUAAACUUGCUUUUAGAGAACUAGUGAGAAAAUAUAAUACAGAUAUUGUUUAUACUCCAAUGAUCUUGGCAGAUGUAUUCAAAAAUUCAGAAUUUGCUAGAACAUCCGAUUUUACAACUAAUAAUGCAGAUGAUCCAGUAGUCGUUCAGUUUGCAGCGAAUAAUGGAUCUGAUUUAGCUGAUGCAGCUGAAUUAGUGGCCCCCUUUGCAGGUGGUAUCGAUAUCAAUUGCGGUUGUCCUCAAAAAUGGGCCUAUCAAGAAAGAAUUGGUUCUUAUUUAAUGCAAGAUCCUGAAAACGUGCGAGAUAUGAUACGUACUGUAAAAGCAAGAGUCAAUAUACCCUGUAGUAUCAAAAUUCGAGUUCAUGAUGAUCUCAAAACUACAUAUGAAUUUGUAAAAAGAGCCGAAUCAGUAGGUGUAGAUUUCUUGACAGUGCAUGGACGUACUCGACUUCAAAAAUCAACUGAACCUGUCAAUUUCGAAGCAAUUCGACUGGUUAAAGAAUCUGUUUCGAUGCCUGUUAUCGCGAAUGGAAGUAUAUUCUCAUUAAAAGAUGCGGAUGAAAUGUAUGAAAAGACAGGAGUAGACGGUGUGAUGUCAGCCAGAGGAUUAUUACAAAAUCCAGCUUUAUUUGCAGGAUAUGAGACAACACCAUGGGAAUGUAUAGAGGAAUAUGUUAAAUUAGCUAUUGGUUAUGGUACAAAUUCUUUUAUUUUUCAUCAUCAUUUAAUGUUUAUGUUUGAAGAUAUGAUGAGCAAUGCAGAACGAAAAACGUUUAAUACUUUAUCUAGUAUUCCAGCUAUCCUUGAUCAUUUAGAAGAGUAUUGGGGUUUAGACUCUUCUAAAUUAAGAUGA